AUGUCCUUGCACGCUCGGCAUGCGGGUACGAGCACCCAACCCGCAGACAACACUUCGUCCAUCAUCGGCCGUCCCGUCUUGUUCUCCGAAGGCCCGUUUGCUGGCCGAACCAUCCGUGCACAGCUCGUGGAGCUGCAGAAAGCCGAUCUGGGUGCGGAAUCCGGGAUAGACGGCCUCUCGAUCCUCCGCCCGUCCCCAAACACCGCUGCUCAGCGAGAAGAGGAGUAUGUGCAUUUGUCUGAGGCCGAAUGUUACGGAUUCAUAUGCCACAUCGAUCUUUUCCCUGUGCCUCAACCCGUAUUAACGGGCAGUCCAUCUCGGUCGCGCCGACUCAGUAACCAAUUCUACCAACGACCAUCUGCUUCUGAGAGCGCACCGACCCUGAAUCAAGAUGUCUCGCCAAUUCUACCUAGGCCGAACCCCGACGUUUACCCCCGUGCACGUACGUUUCCAGAGCCCUCUGCCAGCGGUCAGCGCUGGGACUCUCACCGUCACGCGGCCGGGGCAACCACAGGGGCUACCAGUGGUGGCUCGCGCGUCGCUGAAGGGGUUCCGGGCCCCGUAACCACGCAUAUGAACGGCCUGCCUGUCCCAGAAAGCAGCCGGUGCACAACGCUCAUUGUGGGCACCACUUUCUCGGCGGCUUCUUGCAUUGACUACCAGGGAGUGCGGCAGCUCAUGUUCGUAUUUUCGGAUCUUGCCGUCAAGGAAGACGGGGACUUCUUCCUCCGCUACAGAGUGUUCAACACGCUGUACAGCGUCGCGGGGAACCACCCCAUCCCCGUCCUUGCCGAAUGCUUUGGCGGGCCGUUCAGGGUCUUCAGCACAAAGGACUUCCCUGGCCUGCGCGCAUCCACCGAGCUCACCAAGCACAUCGCCCACUUCGGCGUGCGCAUCAAUUCGCGCGAGUUCGAGCGCAAGCGGCGCAAGAGCUCGCAUGCUGCGGAGCGGCCGACUUUCCACCAAAGAGAACUCCUCCCGUCCCCGCAGGCUGGGUCGUCGUCCCGUCAAACGGACGACCCUGAGCCGCACAGUGCUGCCUACGGUAACAGGCGGGGGAGAGGAAGCACAUUUUAG